UAAUGGUGAAUUUAAAGCUGGUAUUUCCAAAGACAGUCAAACUCGUGAACAUGCUCAUUUGGCUUAUGCUCAUGGUGUAAAACAACUUAUUGUUGUUAUCAAGAUGGAUAAAAGCUGGUCAGAAGAACGUUGCAACGAAAUCGUUAAAGAACCGUUUACAAAUUUGGUGGUCCCAGAAGGUCGUGUCGAAACUGGUGUUAUCAAGGCCGUUGAAGGAUUACCUGGUGACAACAUUGGUUUUAAUGCCAAAUCAAGAAAAUUCGUUAUGUAUGUCUGCUCUAAUUCUAAGAACGACCCUGUUAAGGAAGCUGCUUCCUUCCAAGCUCUAGUUUUUUUUUAA